GUUUGCUGGAAUGGGUAACCUGCUAAAAGUCCUUACAAGAGAAAUAGAGAACUAUCCGCACUUUUUCCUGGACUUUGAAAGUAAGUCUGCAGUCUGAGUGGAGCGUCAUGUGUGGAGGGGGGUGAAGCCUAACCUGCUCCUGUCUCCUCUCUGUCAGCCGAUUUCUGCGCAAGACGAAACAAAACAAAGAAAAAAAACCUGGUUUCGCUCUCUCUGCUUCUGCGCUUCUUCCUCCUUUCUCGGCACAGCUCUGACCUCCUGCUCUGUUUAUGACUCUUUUUUUUUUUAACGUAAACUCCUUCUCUUCCUUUCCCUGUGUUUUUCCUUUCUUCAUGUCUUGCAGAAACCAAAUGGGGAAUCUGUUAAAAGUGCUCACUUGCACAGAGCUUGAACAGGGACCAAACUUUUUCCUUGACUUUGAAAAUGCACAGCCGACAGAAGGCGAGCGUAAGGUGUGGAACCAGGUGAACUCGGUCCUGCAGGACUCUGAGAACAUCCUGACGGGGCUGCAGGGGUACAAAGGGGCGGGGCUGGAGAUCAGAGAUGCCAUCCAGAAUCCCAAUGACAUGUCGCUGCAGGAGCGAGCCUGGAACUCCGUCUGUCCGCUGGUCAUCAAACUCAAGACCUUCUACAGUUUCUCCCUCAGACUAGAGGAGGCUUUGAAGAGUUUGCUGAAGUCGCUUACUUGCCCGCCCCUCACUCCUACUCAGCAUCUGGAGAGGGAGCAGGCGCUGGCCAAACAGUUCGCCGAGAUCCUCCACUUCACUCUGCGCUUUGACGAGCUCAAGAUGAGGAUUCCUGCCAUCCAGAACGACUUCAGCUACUACAGGAGGACCAUCAGUCGGAACCGGAUAAACAACAUGAAUUUGGACAUUGAAAAUGAAGUCAACAAUGAGAUGGCCAACCGGAUGUCUCUGUUCUACGCUGAGGCCACGCCCAUGCUGAAAACACUGAGCACCGCGACAACAAACUUUGUGUCGGAGAACAAAACUCUUCCACUGGAGAACACGACAGAUUGCCUCAGCACCAUGGCCAGCGUGUGUAAGGUCAUGCUGGAGACGCCGGAAUAUUCGAGUCGCUUCAGCAGCAAGGACACACUCUUGUUUUGCAUGAGGGUGAUGGUGGGAGUGAUCAUCCUUUACGACCACGUCCAUCCAAACGGCGCUUUCACCAAGUCCUCCAAGAUCGAUAUGAAAGGCUGCAUAAAGGUGCUGAAGGACCAGCCGGUCGACAACGUCGAAGGACUUUUGAACGCUCUCAAAUUCACAACCAAACACCUGAACGACGAGUCCACUCCAAAAAACAUCCAGUCGAUGCUCCAGUAACAUUUUCUUUUUCUUUUUAUAAAUAUUGAUAUGAAGAGGAUCACUCUGCUGACCUCAGACAAGAUGUAAAUGUUUACAUUAUUUUAAAAAAAAUGGUUUGUUGUUCAUACUUGUGUGUAUUGUGCAAAAAUCCUACACUCCAGUUUAUUUUAGCCCUGCAGAUUUUAUUACUUUCUACUUCCCCGCCACACAAAAAACCAAAUAAAACUCAGAAGCGUCCCCGUGAAGGGCUUUUUGAAGCUGCCUGUUGAUAACGUUCGCCUUCCCGGAUGGUGGAAAAUCAUCUCUGAACGCUGCUGCACAUGAGCAAGGCAGCGUAAGAAUCCCAGCUGACAAUGAAAUUUAAUGUUGAGCUUCAUAUGAGAUUCUUCUGAUGCAGAAUAAAUAUUUGUUUUUGGGA